UGGCGAGGCGCUGGCAGCACUUCCCGUCGGGGAGAGAGUGUAAUAUGGCGAAGACCUACGAUUACCUGUUCAAGCUGCUGCUGAUCGGGGACUCGGGGGUGGGGAAGACCUGUGUCCUGUUCCGCUUCUCCGAGGACGCCUUCAACUCCACUUUCAUCUCCACCAUAGGAAUUGACUUUAAAAUUAGGACCAUAGAGCUCGAUGGCAAGAGAAUUAAACUACAGAUAUGGGACACAGCUGGUCAGGAACGGUUUCGGACGAUCACAACGGCCUACUACAGAGGCGCCAUGGGCAUCAUGCUGGUCUAUGACAUCACCAACGAGAAGUCCUUCGACAACAUCCGGAACUGGAUUCGGAACAUUGAGGAGCACGCCUCUGCAGACGUCGAAAAGAUGAUACUUGGGAACAAGUGCGACGUGAACGACAAGAGACAAGUUUCCAAGGAACGGGGAGAAAAGCUGGCCCUGGACUAUGGAAUCAAGUUUAUGGAGACCAGCGCGAAGGCCAACAUCAACGUGGAGAACGCAUUUUUCACUCUCGCCAGAGACAUCAAAGCAAAAAUGGAUAAAAAAUUGGAAGGCAACAGCCCCCAGGGGAGCAACCAGGGAGUCAAAAUCACACCGGACCAGCAGAAGAGGAGCAGCUUUUUCCGAUGUGUUCUUCUGUGAGGAACGCCGCCUUACCCUGAGCCUCGCUCAGCCGAGCUGACUGUGCCUGUCCUGAGUGAGCCCCUCACUCAGCCGGGGCCCUCCCCCCUCACCACUCCCCGCCACGCCGCGGCCCCCGGGCCCGUGGCCACCAGAACACAAUCGAGAAAUUGUUUAUUUUGGUAACUGAUCUUUUUCAACUCUGGAGAUGGAAGAAGUUAAGAAUCUGCUACCAUUCCUGCGACAUCCACUGAAUGGGUCCACGCACUGUGUAAAGCUAGAGAGAGAGGUGGAGCCGCGGCACGGCCGUCAGUAGCAGCCCACACGGCAGGCCUCCAUCUCUGGGCCUCGACAUAGCUAGAGCCCCGCCGGAGAGCCCGUGCAUGUCCCCCGCGGCAGAAGCGAGGCCCCCAAAGGCCAGUGAUAGCUCCAGGGGAGCCCGUCUCUGCACCCUGAGCGAGGCAACUCACAUCAGGCCCGGGAAGCGUCUGCCAACAAAUCCAACACCGGCUUUCACCUCUUCUCUCAGUUUUUGGACAAGUGACAGAAACCGUUAUCUACUCCCCGCCCCCCCCGGCUCCACCCCCUCACCCCCAUGUUAACUGUCAAACCAAAGGGAAGCACAAAUUAAGGAAAUCCUGAGGAAAGAAGCAUAGAGUGGCCUUUCCUGUUUACAGCCAGGUUUGGUCCCGUGGUCCAGCCAGGCCUUGGGCAUGGCCAGUAGGUCCCUCCACAGUCCCCACCUGAGCACUGAGGGGUCUCCGUGCAUGCCACGGUGACCCCAAAAUGCAGUCACACACGGCCCACCCUCGAUCGGGGCACCUACUCCUCUUCGUCCUCCCGCUGUCUCCAAAUCGGACGUUCUUUUCUAGAGAUUUUUAUUUUUCCAGAUCUGUAGUGUCAGGAGGUGAUUCUCUCCUUGAUUUCCAACAGCAGACCCAGGUGAUCGGGAACACACGCAUCCCCCCCCCCCCAACCUCUCGGACGUGGCUGAGUGUGGGGUGGCCUGCGGGGCCCGACUGCAGAGCAGUCUGGGUGGGUUUUUAACUGCCAUUGCUCAGUUCUGUUUUGACAUCUCUACCGUCCCGUAGAGACUGCGGUCGGGACCAGGUAACCAGGCCAAGGGGGGUGUCACCAGGGAGCCUUUCUUUUUCUUUUUUUUUUGAAUUAAAACCAACAUACCAGCAAUUGUCUGCUCUCCCCUUGGUAUCUCUUAACAUGCUCUGUUUACAUCGAUAAAUGCACUUAAGGAAAACAAAUUAAAGCUCAUUUUAAAGUUAACGGA